AGCAUUUUAUCUUCACACAGCGAAAUUGAGCUGAGACUAAGCAGCAAUGGCAGCUUCAAAGAUGGUGAUAAUGUCAUCUCUAACCCACAAAAUCCGCCCCAUAACGUGCUUCGCCUCUUACCAUACGCGACUGGUGCCGCAACCGCCGGAACUGCUGAAGUGGGUCAAGAGAGAAGGCGGGUUCGUGCACCAGGCCGUCAAGAUAUCACCACAACAAGAUGACGACAGCAACGGCCUUGGAUUGGUCGUCUCACAAGACAUUCCAAAAGGGUCUCUUCUUAUUGCUCUUCCUGAUCAUGUACCGUUGAGGUUUGAAUCUGACGGUGGAGAUGAAGCUCAAUCUGUUUUGGUCAAUUUAGCCCGCCAAGUUCCAGAGGAACUAUGGGCAAUGAAAUUGGGCUUGAAGCUUCUGCAAGAAAGAGCAAAAGUGGGAAGCUUCUGGUGGCCAUAUAUUAGCAAUCUUCCUGAAACAUUCAGUGUUCCAAUCUUCUUUCAAGGGGAGGAUAUUAAAAAUUUGCAGUAUGCCCCUCUUCUUUACCAGGUAAAUAAAAGAUGUCGUUUUCUUCUUGAUUUUGACCAAGAAGUCAAACGUGCUCUUGAGAGUCUGAAACCAAAUGAUCAUCCUUUUGGAGGCCAAGCAAUAGAUGUAUCAGCUCUUGGAUGGGCAAUGUCAGCAGUCUCGUCUAGGGCAUUUCGCUUGCAUGGAAAAAAGCUUGCAGAUGGAACCCGCAACAAAAUCCCCAUGAUGCUUCCUCUUAUAGAUAUGUGCAACCAUAGCUUCAAUCCAAAUGCUCAAAUUGUUCAGGAAGAAGAUGCAGGUGACACAGAAUUGCUAAUAAAGGUUAUAGCAGAAACAGAGAUCAAACAAAAUGAUUCUUUACUUCUUAAUUAUGGUUGCCUAAACAAUGAUCUUUUCUUGCUGGAUUAUGGAUUUGUGAUUCGUUCAAAUCCUUAUGACAAUAUUGAGCUAAGAUAUGAUGGAGCGCUUAUGGAUGCUGCAAGUAUGGCCGCUGGGGUUUCAUCACCAAACUUCUCCACUCCAGCUGUGUGGCAGCAAAAAUUUUUGUCCCAGCUAAAUUUAGAUGGAGAAGCUUCAAGUUCCAAGGUAAGCUUAGGAGGUCUACAAUUGGUAGAGGGACGCUUGUUGGCAGCCUUAAGAGUAUUACUUGCAAGUGAUUUGGAAACAGUGCAGAAGCAUGAUUUGAACACACUUCAAUCUCUAUCGGCUGAAGCUCCCCUUGGGAUUGCAAAUGAAGUUGCUGUUUUCCGCACCCUUAUUGCGUUAUGUGUGAUUGCACUAGAACAUUUUCCUACAAAAGUUAUGGAAGAUGAAUCCCUAUUGAAACAGGGAGUUUCAGCUUCUACUGAACUGGCCAUCAAGUUCAGAAUCGAGAAGAAAUCUAUGAUCAUAGACAUAAUGAGAAAUCUCUCGAAGAGGGUUAAGGUUCUAACAUCAAAGGAAAUGACAGCUAUGCAAGGCUGAAACCCGACAACUAGAGAUUCAUCUACAGCUCCACAUUUUCUACUGCUCGCCAUGUAGGUUUUCAUUGUCCAUUUUGCUUUAAUUAUGUACUCAUUUAAGAUGCUUUUAGCAAUUUUAUUAUCUUGUUCCUGAAA